GUCAAACUCACAGGCGGGAUGCAGUUUAGUAGAGGCCAUGCGGAUUGCAGGCGCUUACAGCAAGGCGUUCAUGCCGCCAAGUCUUCAGCGGAACAGGCUGCAUGCGAACACCAACGACAAAACCUGCAACACAAAAUCGACUUCUAGAAGAGCCAACGCACACUCGAUCAGUAAUGUCGGCAAUGGAGGUAAUUGGCGGCACAGCUGCCGUCUCUCAGCUACUCAGCCAGGCAAUCACCAUUGUUCAGAAGAUACAGGAUGCAAGAGCAAAAGUACAUGGCGCGUCAGAUCGCCUGGAUGGUUACCAAGGCCAGCUAGAUAACUUGCUAAGUACGCUGCGACUUAUACAAGAUGAGCCCGACCUACAAACACCGGCAAUCAAGAAACAGAUCCAGGUGGUAAUCAAUCUGGGAAAAGAGUUACAAUGCCAGCUUGAUGCCUUCGCCGCGCGACUAGCAAAGGGCAGAGCCAAGCAAUACACGCAUGCGCUCGUCAACGGUGAUAGAGACGAGAGGGGUCUCGAGGCUGUCAUGACUCAACUAGACCGGGCGAAAGCAGACCUUACCGCACAAAUUGUCACGGCGCACGUCGGACUGAGCGGGUCCUUGCGCACCGGCUUCACAGCCGCUCUAGCAGUAGUCCAGCGGGUUGACAGAAACGUGCAAAGGGUCCUUGGCGAGAGGCUUUCCAUGGCUGCUCGAUUCGAAGGGCGACACCUAGACGAAGGAGGCAAUGACACGGUACCUCUUACAGCUGAGGACGUAAGAGCGCUGGAUCUCGUAGACAAAGUGUCGUGGACUGACAACGAGGCGUUCGAUGAUGCGGACAUGUUCAAUACGGAUCUCGUCGAACGGCAGAUCCACGCACCUACAGAAAGGCUAUACCAGGGCAACAAGGCGCACGGGAGGAGUACGGUCCUUCAGGGAAAUGCGGACGCGGCAGGUAUAGCGGCAAUUCUGCAAGCAAAAAGGCGGUGAUGGGAUCAAUGGCGUUGCUGUCCUGCUGCGCACACGGAUUGCCAACACUUGUUGCGACAGACCUAAUGAACGCCACAAGUUCGGCUUGCAAUCCACCGUCUUAUCUAUCAAUCCGCUUACGAUUGCUCUGUGUUGUGCUGCUA